AUGGCAGCAGAAUUUUUUGAUGAUUAUUCAGAGGGGCGAGAAUGUGUCAACUGUGGGGCCAUGUCCACCCCGCUCUGGAGGAGAGACGGCACGGGGCACUACCUCUGCAACGCCUGCGGGCUCUACCACAAGAUGAACGGCAUCAACCGACCCUUGUUCAAACCUCAGAGGAGGCUGUCGGCUUCCCGCCGUGUCGGCCUCUCUUGUGCCAAUUGCCAAACGACGACAACCACCCUCUGGCGCAGAAACGCCGAGGGAGAGCCGGUCUGUAACGCCUGCGGACUCUACAUGAAGCUCCAUGGGGUUCCAAGGCCUUUAGCGAUGAGAAAAGAGGGCAUUCAGACAAGAAAGCGCAAGCCUAAGAACCUUAACAAAACAAAGACGUCAGCAGGUCCAUCCAGCAGCGAGAGUCUGACCCCCACCACCAGCUCCACCAGCAGCAGCAGCAGCAGCGCCACCACCACUGAGGAAAUGCGCCCCAUAAAAACAGAACCUGGGCUCUCAUCUCAUUACGGGCACCCCAGCCCAAUUUCUCAGGCAUUCUCAGUCUCUGCCAUGUCUGGACAUGGGUCAUCUAUCCACCCUGCGAUUUCAGCUCUGAAGCUUUCUCCGCAGACAUACCAGUCAGCUAUCAGCCAGUCUCCACAAGCCAGCUCCAAACAGGACUCCUGGAACAGCAUGGUGUUAGCUGAGAACCAUGGGGACAUCAUAACUGCCUAAGCUGGUCUUCCACCCAUGGACUUUGGGUUGAUCCACUCGAGAGACGAAGCAGAUGCCAUAGAAUCAUCACGACAAUGUCGUUCCCCACCUCCUCAGCUCUCCUGCCUUCUCUCCCCUUGUGAGAUGUUCCAGCAAAGAGGUAAAGAGGACUUAUCUGAGGUGUUGGAGAGCUCUUAUGAAAUGAACAGAGAAGACUCAAAUGUUUAAAUAACUAAAGGACUUGAAGCCUUUUUCCCCCACUUUAAAUGAGCCUCUCUAUUUGAUCAUCACCACCUACUAUGAAAUGGCCA